AUGGACUCGAGAAUGAGUUUGUCACCCCUACCUCAACAACCCUCUUUCCCGGCAUCUCCGUCAUCAGCGUCAAGAAAGCGCUCAAUACAAGAUACCGAAGAUACCACCUCUUCAAAUCCGGGUCACCAGCGGCCUCUUAUCGAUUACACUACAGAGAAUCAAGAAAAUCGUGACCCUGCGCUGCCAAUUCCCUCGAAGGAGAACUCAUUAACACCACUCGAACGACCCCUCGCACUACCCGCUCCACCAUCUGUCGAGAUUACUGUAAGAGCCAGUGACUUGAUCCUCAUGUCGGGUUCCAAAGAGACCACCCCUUGCUGUGUGUCCUCUUCAGAUGAGCCACUCCCACCGCCAACUUCAUCAUCACCAAAGAAAUCCGAAUCGGCAUCUACACCCGCUGGUAAAAAGCGAAAGCUUUCGCCGGCCAGUCAAGAUGCCAAGCAGCAGGAAAAGGAAGCUCGGGAACGGCAAAAGCUAGAAGAAAAGGCAAAGAAGGAGGAAGAGAAACGCAUUAAGGCCGAAGAAAAGAAGAAGCGGGACGAGGAGCGUGAAGAAGAGAAGCGUUUGAAGGAGGAGGAAAAGAAGAAGCGAGAGGCGGAGCGUGAAGAAAAGAGGAAGGCCAAGGAUGAGGAAAAAGCCGCCAAAGAGGCUGCGAAGGAAGAGGAGAAAAAGCGCAAGGAGGAAGAAAAGCUCAAAAAGGAAAGAGCUCAACUCAAACUCAACUCUUUCUUCGUAAAACCCUCAUUGCCUUCCAAGUCCACUGGACCGGCACCAAGCACCUUCACUUCUCCGAAAAAGCCAACGCCAACCACCUCGGAGCUUCCCCUCACAAAUUCACCCAAGUCAAACAAGUCUGACUACGAAAGGACGUUCCCAGAAUUUUUUCUCCAGUCUCACACUCAGCUCGCACCCUCCCAUCGGUUUGAGCGUGAUCCAGAGGCUCUCACCCACGUUCGUCAAAAGCUGGAUGCCACUUUGAAUGCCACCCAGACGACCUCCCAUCCAGACUUACCGUUCCGACCCUCGGAAAUCUUUCACUUGAUCCCGUUCCAUCGACGCUGCGGCCGACCUAGGCAGUCCGUCAAGGAGAUACUUCUGCGAAUCCAGAACAGCAGUGACGACUCCCUGAUGGAACUUGAUAGUAAGGACCAAAUUAAAGCUGCUGAGGAUGCCCGUGAUAUCCUCCGCCAGAUUCCCAUGAAAACCCUCAGGUUCAGUGAGGACGUACGUCCUCCGUACCAGGGCACAUUUACACGCCCGGUGCCCGAGUUAUCUGCACGAAGGCUUGCAAGAAAUCCUUGGCACCGUGGCCUCCCUGAAGUGAACUACGAUUAUGAUUCUGAGGCCGAGUGGGAGGAGCCUGAGGAGGGUGAGGAUUUGGACUCGGAAGAGGAUGAGGAAGGGAGUGAUGACGGCGACGAUGACAUGGAUGGCUUCUUAGAUGACGAUGACGAUGCUCUUCUGGGCGGGAAGCGUCGGCUCAUUGUUGGUGAUCUCGAACCAGUGUCAAGUGGCCUUCGCUGGGCUGCAGAUGGCGUUGAUGAUGAUAUGAAGGCAUAUCAAGCCGAGACCAUCUCCGACGGAGUCAAAUUCCCGAUUGAUCCCUUUUCGACAGCUUACUGGGAGAAGCCCAAGCCAAAGCCCGCCGAACCAGCGCCCACGCAGACACGGAUUGCUCCUGCUAACACGAAUACUCUGGACGUCUUUCGAGUCACCACUCCGUCGGGCGCGCUUGCUGUUGCUCCUGCAAAACCGCCUGCGACUGGCAAGGCCAAACGGCCUUUCCCGCCAGAACAGCUGAGUGAGUUUAGACAGGCGGUCGAAGCUAGUGACUUGAGCAAGAUUGGGACUGUGGAAAUUCUGAAGAAGAAGUUUCCUAAGGUGCCCAAGGAUACGCUCAAGGCGACCCUGGACCAGUACGCUGUGCGCGUUGGUCAGAAGGAAAGCGAAAAGAAAUGGGUAUGGCGCUGA